AUUUCUCACAACAAAUAAUGACUCAGUAGAGGCAAACUAAAUAUUUUAGUUUAAAUAAUAAUAAUAUAGCUUAAACGCUAUACGAAGUGUAAAAAUGGGCCUAUUUGGCAAAACCCCCAGCAAGGAUCCUAAGGAGCAGGUGCAAGAAUGGACGCACAAGAUACGCAAAGAGGGCAAUCAGCUGGAUAGGCAGAUACGCAGCAUACAGCGGGAGGAGGAAAAAGUGAAGCGCUCUCUAAAGCAAGCAGCGCAGAAGAAUGAUCGGGACACCUGCCUUAUACUUGCCAAGGAGAUAGUUAAUGCACGCAAAGCCGUCAAUCGUAUUUACACCUCCAAGGCGCAUCUCAACUCUGUACAAAUGCAGAUGAAAAACCAAUUGGCUACAUUGCGAGUUGCGGGCUCGUUGCAGAAGUCCACAGAAGUCAUGCAGGCCAUGCAGAGUCUUGUACGCUAUCCCGAGCUGGCGGGUAUAAUGCGUGACAUGUCCAAGGAAAUGAUGAAGGCGGGCAUAAUUGAAGAAAUGUUGGAUGAAACAAUGGAUUCACUAGAAGACGCUGAGGAGUUGGAGGAGGAGGCAGCCAAGGAGGUCGAUAAGGUACUCUGGGAAAUUACGGACGGCAAACUCGGGGAGGCACCACUACCACCAGAAGCAACACCUGCCGACAAGACACCAGCUGUUGUACCCAAAGUUGCAGUCCAAGCAGAGGCGGAAGAAGAGGAUGAUGACGGCGAAGAGCUGCAGGAGAUGCAAAGCCGCUUGGCAUCAUUACGCUCGUAAAAUAAUUGCUAUGAGAGUGUCUUGAUAGCUAAUGCUUAGAUUAGUAUGCAAAAAUUCUAGCUUGUGAUUGUUUAAAAUAGCACGCCGCUAACCCACAGCUAAAAAAAAUUAAUUUAUAAUUUAAAACUGGCAGUGAAGUAACUAUAAAAACAAAACGAAAAAUUGUAUAAUUGA